AUGAACAACCUACCAACAGGUGACAAUCUACGCAAAAAAAAAGGAUUUAUUGGCAAUACCUCUUGCAUCACCUGUGGAGAAGAGGAAACGCUGAAGCAUCUUCUCUUCCGUUAUAAUAAGGCGCUUGAAGUCUGGAAGCUCUGCCCCUGGUCAAUCACCUUCAACCCAGCAACAUGUUCUUCCUUCAGAGAGUCUCUUCAAUCAUCUUUUGCUAAAGUGAACCUCCCACCAACGAGAACUUCCUCCAACCUGUUCCCUUGGAUCUGCUGGAGCUUAUGUACUAGCCGCAAUCAGAUACUCUUCGACAAUAGACAAGCCUCACCAGCAGAGAUCCUCACCAAAUCUAUCAACUUAUUGAAGGAAUGGGAAGCAGCACAAGGGCUAUCACCAACUCUCUCCGCUAGCACCGCGAAGCAGAACCCAAUCCAAAUCAAUUCUACAGCGGUGAUUCUCUGUAACACGGAUGCGGCAUGGAACAAAGACUCUAAAUCUGCGGGGCUAGCUUGGAUCUUCACAGAUCAAACGGGUAAAGAACUCAAUCGAGGAUGCCUCUACCAGGAUCAUGUCUCCUCCCCGCUUAUGGCGGAAUCCCUAGCGGUUAGAGCAGACAUCGAACAUGCUACUUCACUCAACUUCGAUUACAUCUGGCUACGAUCAGAUUGCAAAGGGCUCAUUCAGUCCAUCAACGCGAGACAACGAUCUGUAGAGCUCUUUGGGGUUCUAGCUGACAUUGAAUCGCUUAUCCGAUCUUCUUUUUCUUCGUUUCAAGCUUCUUUCGUUCCUAAAUCUUUUAAUGGGCCUGCAGACUCUUAUGAUAAGGCUUCUCUAUGUACCAAACUAUCUCUAUUGGGCCUAGUUUCACACUAA